AUGGCUUCAGCUGCCAUCAUGACGGCUUCUACUUCUUCCCCAACGACGACUAAGCGUACUCGCAGAGGCUUGUCCAAAAAGAAAAAGGCAGCGCGUACCGCGAACCUAGAUGACAUGACUAUCGAUGAGGAUAGCGCGAUUCAAACCAAUAACCGCGUUGGAAUCGUGAGUAUUCUCGAUGAAGAUGGCGAGCAUGCACAAGGUUCGGGUAUCUUUGGCGGCUCGACGGCCCCGGCAUCUGCAGCACAAGAAAAAGCAGCGCUUGCUGCUAUGGACGAAGAAGAAGGAUUGGAUGAUGAAGAGAUGGUACUAGAUACUUCACCACUGGCAAAUCUGUCACAGGAGAACAAUGGCGGGAAUCCCGUGUUCAAACCACUCUCAGAGGCAGCUCAAGCGACGACAUUACGCUCGGAAACGCGUCGAAUAGCAAUUCCUCCACACCGUAUGACCCCUCUCAAAAAGGACUGGGUAAAUAUAUUUGUGCCCUUGACUGAAAUGGCUGGGCUGCAAGUCCGUAUGAAUGUCCAUAGACGGUGUGUCGAGAUCAGGACUUCGAAGGAGACGAAAGAGUCGGGGGCAUUGCAAAAAGGCGCAGACUUCGUCAAAGCGUACGCGUUGGGAUUUGACGUCAAUGAUGCGAUUGCCUUGUUGAGAAUGGACGACCUCUAUAUCGAUACGUUCGAAAUCAAAGACGUCAAGACCCUUCACGGGGAUCAUCUUUCCAGAGCCAUUGGCCGCAUUGCAGGGCAAGAUGGAAAGACCAAAUUUACGAUCGAGAAUGCAUCAAGAACGAGGAUUGUACUUGCAGAUACCAAAAUUCAUAUUCUCGGGUCAUUCCAGAACAUCAAAAUCGCCAGGGACGCUGUGGUCUCGCUGAUUCUGGGAUCACCCCCUGGGAAAGUCUAUGCAAGCUUGAGGACAAUUGGGGCUCGAAUGAAACAGCGAGCGAUCUGA